AUGUCUUCGGCCGACCACAUUCUCAACAACGGCGAGGGUGCCGCCUCCACCAAGUUUGCCGACUCGGAGCCCGGCCACCACACGCCCUCUGGCGGCGCCGGCGGUGCUGGCGGCUUCGUCUCUCAGCAGCGCAUGGCGGUCGCGCCUCCGCGAGAGGACGACCUGCAGCAGAGCUACGCCAAGGUCGUUGGCUCCGAGGCCAACCCAAAGGGUUGGUACGGAAGCAUGAUUAACGGCCUCGGCGCCAUCAUCGGCACCAUCGGCGCCGUCCCCUGCUGCAUCUGCUGCCCCAACCCCUACAAGUCGGUCCAGCAGGGCAACGUCGGCCUCGUCACCAAGUUCGGCCGCUUCUACAAGGCCGUCGACCCGGGCCUCGUCAAGAUCAACCCGCUCUCCGAGCACCUCCUCCAGGUCGACGUCAAGAUCCAGACCGCCGACGUCCCCGAGCAGAUCUGCAUGACCAAGGACAACGUCACCCUGCGCCUCAAGUCUGUCAUCUACUACCACAUCGUCUCCCCGCACAAGGCCGCCUUCGGCAUCUCCAACGUCCGCCAGGCCCUCAUGGAGCGCACCCAGACCACCCUCCGCCACGUCGUCGGCGCCCGCGUCCUCCAGGACGUCAUCGAGCGCCGCGAGGAGAUUGCCCAGUCCAUCGGCGAGAUCAUCGAGGACGUCGCCGCCGGGUGGGGCGUCCAGGUCGAGAGUAUGCUCGUCAAGGACAUCAUCUUCUCCCAGGAGCUGCAGGAGAGCCUCUCCAUGGCCGCCCAGAGCAAGCGCAUCGGCGAGUCCAAGAUUAUCGCCGCCAAGGCCGAGGUCGAGUCCGCCAAGCUCAUGCGCCAGGCCGCGGACAUCCUCUCCAGCGCGCCGGCCAUGCAGAUCCGCUACCUCGAGGCCAUGCAGGCCAUGGCCAAGAGCGCAAACUCAAAGGUCAUCUUCAUGCCCGGCGCCAGCAGCAGCACCGCCGCCACGCUGGGCGACGCCGUCAACGCGACCCGCCAGGACGGCCAGGACGACAGCCUCAACCAGGCCAUCCAGGCUCGCGUCAUUGAGAGCAUCUAA